UCGAGUCAAACAUGAAGGCAUACGCUCUGGUUAGUUUACUGCUUGUCUGCGGCGUCUAUGGUGCCGCGAUCUCAAAUGAGAUCGAAGGCGAGAUAGAUCUUCCUAAAGAUGAAGUACCUGUGAUAAGUGAUCAAAUGAACGUAGACACUUAUGACGAAUCCGAGGAAGAAACGAGAAAGGAUUUGUAUAAUCGUGUCUUCUUCUAUCUUUAUACGAAAGCUAAUCCGACGAAAAGUCAGAAGUUGAUUCUUAACGACGUUGACGCGUUGAAGAAGAGCCACUUCGAUCCAAAGAAACCGACAAUGAUGGUCACACACGGAUGGAUAAACUCGGAAAGCAGCAGCGCGUUUCGAUUGAUUCGCGACGCUUACCUUCAGCACGGUGACUACAACGUCAUCGCGAUUGACUGGAGCACAAUAACACUUAGGCCAUACAUAUGGGCAACUAAACGCGUUGUGAUGGUGGGUCAAUACAGUGCCUCCAUGAUCGAUUUUCUUAAGUCGCAAGGAAUGGAUUUAUCGCAACUGACCUUGGUCGGUCAUUCUCUUGGUGGCCAUGUCGCCGGAUUGUCAGCCUAUUAUGCCAAAGGUCGAGUUGAAUAUGUUGUAGCUUUGGACCCAGCUCUACCAGAAUUCCAGUCAGCUAUCAAGGGCGCCAGGGUUUCUCGCGACGAUGCAAAAUACGUGGCAGUGAUCCACUCGAACGCGGCUGUGUUUGGUUUCGAAAAAGCAAUCGGGGACAUCGACUUCUAUCCCAACGGCGGCGCCAUACAGUCUGGCUGCAUCACCAACACCUGCUCGCACUCGCGAUCGUACGAGUAUUUCGCGGAGUCUAUCAACAGCAAUAAGGGCUUCGAGGCGGUGAAAUGCGACAGCUACGUUAAUUUCUUGAAGGGUACGUGCAACUCGAACGGUAAGACUUUAAUGGGAGGUCUGCGUUUAAACCGUAAAAUCAAGGGAACGUAUUUCUUGCGAACGAACAAGAAAACUCCGUUCGCAAUGGGCAGUAUUUAAGGUGACUUGCUGAUUCUUCGACGACUUGUGAAAGGAACAAAAAUAAUCUCCUUUUAGCACUAGAUUUGCGGAACCCGUCAAAAUGACGGGUCGCUGAUUUUUUCAUUUACGAUUAUCCAUAUCGUAAAGAUACAUUU